AGGGAAAAUAAAAGAGAGAGGAAAAGAACCAAACCAUGGACACCUCAAAACUUUUGCUCCCCUUCAUCAUCAACUCUGCUACUUAACAACAUCUUCAAACCAUUGCCGCACACUUCUGCUUGUGUUGUCUGAAGGUGUUUCUUUGCACUGAAAUUCAGUAAGAAUUUUGGAAAACCGGCAUAAUGGAAGAUGGCAACGCGAACAUAAGGAGAUGGGAGGAUCUGGACAUAGAUAUUUUGGUGAAGAUUUUUCAAUUGUUUGAUAUCUUUCAGUUAACCUCCGGCAUUGCUCAUGUCUGUAGUUCAUGGCGCAUGGCUUGCUGUGAUCCACUUCUUUGGAGGACACUCGAUUUGUCAAUGUUAAGAUCUAAUUUCAUCAAGAUUCCAUUAGAGCCAUUUGUUUAUGUUGAUGGACGAUCUGAUAGGACUUUAACCCGCUUAUUGAAGAUUUCAUUGAGUCUCAGCAGGCAGAGUAUAGUGACAUUGAUCUUCCAUUUCAACUUGUACGUAAGUGAUGAACAGUUGACAUACACUGCUGAAAGGUGCCCACAUGUCAGACGACUCGUUCUGCCAGCUUGGAAUAGAAUUAAGAAGACAGGAAUGUGCAAGGCCAUCCGCGGCUGGAAAGAGUUAGAGUCCCUUACAAUGCCUAGUAUAGCAAACCCGCCAUAUCUUUUGGAGGAAAUCUCAACUAACUGCAACAACUUCCGUGAACUCAAGAUUAUGGGGCCAUGUGACGUGUACUUUGCUUCGUCUCUUGCUGCGUUUCUUCCAAAUCUGAGAGUUUUGAGCCUUCGAUGCUCAGUACUAUAUAGGGAUACCCUCAUUGUCAUCCUAGACAGCUUACAAAAUUUAGAAGUGCUCAACAUAUCACAUUGCAUUCUGAUGGAAGCCGUUCCACCUCCUCAACAUAAAAGAAUGAUGACAGAAAUUGAUCAGACUAUUCGUGAGAAGGCUUCUCGGUUACGCCAAUUUCUCACAUGCAUGGAUGACUCGUGCAUCAUGUGCCAGCGAACAAGAACUGAUGAAGGGCUAGUUAGGUGGUACAAGUACGAGGAAGGGCUUUGGAAAACAGAUGAGGUGAGGUCUCUCGCACUUUAAAUUAGACAAAAGUUGACCUGGUAGUGUGAUCUAGUUGUUGCCGCUUCUUUAUGCAACGUUUUCUGCUGUUAUGCUAUUCUGCUACCUUAAUUGUAGAUCCAAAUAAACAAAGUUGAAUUAUUACAAAUGAAUGUUGUCGUGUCCUUUAGAAGGAGAUAGUCAAAUCUUGUAACUGUACAUAGGAAUAAUUUAUGUUUUCUGCUCCAAAUGUAGUUGGUUUCAUUUUGAAGACACAGUGUUUUCGGUUAUGGAAAUAUGAUAAGACAACAGUUUUGUUCUCUA